AUGGGGAGUGGGGUGUGCAGAGAUAUUCCUUCUAAGGUGAAAGAUAAGUUAUUGCACCUGGCCCCUCCUACAACCAAGAAAGAAGCACAACGUUUAGUGGGCCUAUUUGGAUUCUGGAGACAACACAUCCCUCACUUGGGUGUGUUACUUAGGCCUAUUUACCAAGUGACUCGGAAAGCUGCUAGCUUUGUGUGGGGCCUGGAACAGGAGAAGGCCCUUCAACAGGUCCAGGCUGCUGUGCAGGCUGCUCUACCACUUGGACCAUAUGACCCAGCAGACCCGAUGGUACUUGAGGUGUCUGUGGCUGAUAGAGAUGCUGUUUGGAGCCUCUGGCAGGCCCCUGUAGGUGAAUCACAGAAAAGACCUUUGGGAUUUUGGAGCAAAGCUCUACCAUCAUCUGCAGACAACUAUUCUCCCUUUGAAAAACAGCUCUUGGCCUGCUAUUGGGCCUUAGUGGAAACUGAACGUUUGACAAUAGGACACCAAGUCACUAUGCGACCUGAAUUACCCAUCAUGAGCUGGGUACUAUCAGACCCUGCAAGUCAUAAAGUGGGACGCGCACAGCAGCAAGCAGGUCCUGAAGGCACAAGCAAGUUACAUGAAGAAGUUGCUCAAAUGCCUAUGGUUUCUACUCCUGUUACAAUGCCAUCUGCUGCCAAGCAUGCACCUAUAGCCUCAUGGGGUGUUCCCUAUGAUCAACUGACCGAAGAGGAGAAGACUAGAGCCUGGUUUACUGAUGGCUCUGCACGUUAUGCAGGCACCACCCAGAAGUGGACAGCUGCAGCAUUACAACCCCUUUCUGGGACAACCUUGAAAGACACAGGUGAAGGGAAAUCUUCACAGUGGGCAGAACUUCGUGCAGUACACAUGGUAUUACAGUUUGUUUGCAAGAAGAAAUGGCCAGAUGUACGAUUAUUCACUGACUCAUGGGCUGUAGCCAAUGGAUUGGCUGGAUGGUCAGGCACUUGGAAAGAUCACAAUUGGAAAAUUGGUGAGAAAGACAUCUGGGGAAGAAGUAUGUGGAUAGAUCUCUCCAAAUGGGCAAAGGAUGUGAAGAUAUUUGUGUCCCAUGUAAAUGCUCACCAAAAGGUGACUUCAGCCGAGGAGGAGUUCAAUAAUCAAGUGGAUAAGAUGACCCGUUCUGUGGACAGUCAGCCUCUCUCCCCAGCCAUCCCUGUCAUUGCUCAAUGGGCACAUGAACAAAGUGGCCAUGGUGGUCGAGAUGGAGGUUAUGCUUGGGCUCAGCAACACGGGCUUCCACUCACCAAAGCUGACCUGGCUACAGCUGCUGCUGAUUGCCAGAUCUGCCAACAGCAGAAACCAACACUAAGUCCCAGAUAUGGCACCAUUCCUCGAGGUGACCAGCCAGCAACCUGGUGGCAGGUUGACUACAUUGGACCACUUCCUUCAUGGAAAGGACAGCGUUUUGUUCUUACUGGAGUAGAUACUUAUUCUGGUUAUGGAUUUGCUUUUCCUGCACGUAAUGCCUCUGCUAAAACCACCAUUCAUGGAUUGACAGAAUGCCUUAUCUAUCGUCAUGGUAUUCCACACAGUAUUGCUUCUGACCAAGGAACUCAUUUCACAGCCAGAGAAGUACGACAGUGGGCCCACGAUCAUGGAAUUCACUGGUCUUACCACGUUCCCCAUCAUCCUGAAGCAGCUGGGCUGAUAGAAAGAUGGAAUGGCCUUUUGAAGACGCAGUUACAGCGCCAAUUAGGUGGUAACAGCUUGGAAGGCUGGGGCAGAGUUCUUCAGAAGGCAGUAUAUGCUUUGAAUCAGCGCUCGAUAUAUGGUACAGUUUCACCCAUAGCCAGGAUUCAUGGGUCCAGGAAUCAAGGGGUGGAAAACGGAAUAGUUCCACUUACUAUCACUCCUAGUGACCCUCUAGGAAAAUUUUUGCUUCCUGUCCCCAUAACUCUAGGUUCUGCUGGCCUAGAAGUUUUGGCUCCAGAGAGGGGAGUGCUCCUACCAGGAGCUACAACAAACAUUCCAUUGAACUGGAAGCUCAGACUUCCCCCUGGUCAUUUUGGGCUUCUAAUGCCCUUAAACCAACAGGCUAAAAAAGGAAUAACAGUGUUAGGAGGGGUGAUAGAUCCAGAUUACCAUGGGGAAAUUGGAUUACCUCUUCACAAUGGUGGUAAGCAAGAUUAUGUCUGGAGUGUAGGAGAUCCCUUAGGGCGUCUCUUAGUACUACCAUGUCCUGUGAUUAAAGUCAAUGGGAAACUACAACAGCCUAAUCCAAGCAGGAUGACAAAGGACACAGACCCAUCAGGAAUGAAGGUAUGGGUCAAUCCUCCAGGAAAAGAGCCAAGACCUGCUGAGGUGCUGGCUGAAGGAGAAGGAAAUACAGAGUGGGUAGUAGAGGAAGGUAGUUAUAAAUACCAAUUAAGGCCACGUAACCAGUUGCAGAAACGAGGAUUAUAAAGUAAUAUGAAUGCCCAUUGUAAAUUUACUAAUGUGUUUGCGAUUGUACGAGGGAUAGUUAUAUCAUGUUAGGCGUAUUUACAACCUUGUUAUUGUUUCAUGUGAACAUGAGAUAUUAUUUGUGUCAAGUUGACAAGGGGUGGAUUGUAGUGGUUAUUCCUGGUUGUCAACUUGACUAUAUUUGGAAUGACUACAAUCCGGAAUUGGAAGGCUCACCAGUGACCCUUAUCUGGAGGCUUGGAGAUCCUUAUCUGGAUCUUGGUUUGAAGAUCUUGAGCCACAGUGGCUAUGAAUUCCAGAAGAUUGAAUCUCCGAGUUUAAGGAACACACCUUUAAUCUGGGCUACACCUUCUGCUGGAGACAAUAUAAGGACAUUGGAAGAAGGGAGUCUAGCUCUUGCUCCUGCUCCUUCGCCUGCUUGCUGCGUGAGACUGAGUAACUGCUAGAUCCUUGGACUUCCAUUCACAGCUGUGACUGAACGAUUGUUGGGAAUUGAGCUGCCGACUGUAAGUCAUCAAUAAAUUCCUUUAUUAUCUAGA